AACUACAGGAACAGCACUCGGUUAUUUCAAUUUGUCGAAGCGCCGACUUCAUGCUCUGAACCACCUUUUGUCACUAACUUAAUAUUAGCUUAUUUCACAGUGAAUAUACUGGUAAAAUACUACUUUCAAAAUGCUAGUCUAGUAAUUGUGGGAGCAGCUUCACAAUACCUAGCCUAGCCGAGCUUAACUGGAUCAGUUAAGAGUAGGUUUUGAUGUUAAGAUAAGUUGAGUUUUUAUUGUAAAGGUCUUCUUCUGCAUCCGGACAUGGAUACAUUUGGAGCCAUUGGUACAGUUCUUGGAUGCACUGCGGGCAUUGCGGUGGCUGGGGUUGUGUUUGCAGCCUACAAACUUGGCUUACUCUACCGGUUGUUUCACAAGACUGAGACCAAGAGCCCACGACAUGGUGGCGAGAGUGUGGCAGAGGUGCUCCGCGCCCACGGGGUCAAGUAUGUUUUCACCCUUGUCGGUGGACACAUCUCACCAAUCCUGGUGGCUUGCGAGAAGGUGGGCAUCCGUAUUGUGGACACCAGACAUGAGGCCACUGCUGUCUUCGCUGCUGAUGCUGUGGCAAGACUCUCAGGCACUGUCGGUGUAGCCGCAGUGACUGCUGGUCCAGGCCUCACUAACACAGUGACAGCAGUGAAGAAUGCUCAGAUGGCUGAAUCUCCAUUGCUGCUCAUGGGAGGAGCUGCUAGUACACUACUUCAGGGCAGAGGAGCGCUGCAAGACAUUGAUCAGAUGUCUCUCUUCAAGCCACUGUGUAAGUUCUGUGCCUCAGUCAGGACUAUCAGGGAGAUCGUGCCUACUGUCAGGAAAGCCCUGGCCAUCGCCCAGUCGGGAACUCCUGGUCCUGUUUUCAUUGAGUUCCCCAUCGACACGCUCUAUCCCUACCAUCUUGUGUCCAAAGAGUAUGGAGUUAAGAACCCCCCCAAAGGCCUGAUGGGAAAAAUUGUCACAUGGUACCUCAAUAACCACCUCAUGAACCUAUUUGCUGGAGCCUGGGAGACGAGAGAUGUGUCUCCGCUUCCUGUUGACAUCGCACAAGCCACAGGCGAUCAGGUACAAAAGUGCAUUGAGCUGGUGAGUAGAGCCAAGAAACCUGUUAUUCUGCUCGGUAGCCAGGCAACACUACCCCCAACUCCAGUCGAUGACAUCAGGAAGGCACUGGAGGACCUGGGCAUCCCCUGCUUCCUUGGGGGCAUGUCCCGUGGCAUGCUGGGUAAAGACAGUCCCAUCCACAUCAGACAGAAUAGGCGAGAUGCUCUAAAAGAGGCCGACUUGGUACUCUUAGCAGGCACUGUGUGUGAUUUUCGGCUGAGCUACGGCAGAGUUCUCAACAGACGCAGUAAGAUCAUCGCUGUCAACAGAGAUAAGACGCAACUGCUGAAAAACUCAGAUAUGUUCUGGAAACCAACUAUAGCAAUUCAGGGUGAUGCUGGUUCCUUCUUAGUGCGGCUUUCCAAAGGACUGAAGGGCCAUCGUUGUCCGGAGGAAUGGCCUCAGAGCCUCAAAGCAGGAGAUAUCACCAAAGAAAAUACUAACAGGGCUAAAGCGGAUGAGAAGACCGACCACCACUUAAAUCCCCUGAAAGUCCUCCACUGUGUGGAUGAGCUAAUGUCAGAGGACAGCAUCAUUGUUGCUGAUGGGGGUGAUUUUGUUGGUAGUGCCGCUUACAUAAUGAGGCCAAGAGGACCUAUGCGUUGGCUCGAUCCAGGAGCCUUUGGGACCCUGGGAGUUGGAGGAGGAUUUGCCCUGGGGGCAAAACUGUGCCGACCUGAAUCUGAGGUGUGGAUAGUGUAUGGUGACGGUUCCUUAGGAUACAGUGUUGCAGAGUUUGACACAUUCACUAGACACAAGACACCAGUUAUAGCUGUGGUUGGAAAUGACGCAUGUUGGAGUCAGAUAUCCAGAGAGCAAGUUCCCAUACUUGGCAGCAAUGUGGCAUGUGGCCUUGCGUUUACAGAUUAUCAUACAGUGGCAGAUGGUUACGGUGGUAAGGGCUACCUUAUAGGGCGUGAGGAUGAGAACAGGCUAAGCGACAUCAUCAGACAGGCUCAGAAGGAGACCAACGAGGGCAAGGCCACACUUCUUAACGUCCUGAUAGGGAAGACCAACUUUAGAGAGGGCUCUAUCUCUGUGUAGAGUCGCUGUGAUUUCUCCAAACAGUGCUUUCUCCUUCCUCUACCUAUGGCUCUUCAUAGACACUAAUAUCAGGCUCUAUAAAGAGUUUUCAGAGAGUAGGAAGAUACUGGUGGAUACUGUGUAGAGCCCAGCCCUUACCAGACCUAUGCUAAUCCUUUGUGCCCUUAAAGCCAUAAAUUACUUUGAAGUACGCUCAUCUGCCGUAAGUCGCCAUGAACUGUCAACUACAACAUCCUCUACUUCCCUUUUCAGACAAGUCAAAAAUCAUACUAGUAAGACAUCUGCAAAGACUAGUAUGACUGAUAUCUUAAUAUCAAAGGGUGACUGUUUAAACCUGCAGUCUGUGUUAUUUACUAUAAAGUUCUAUAUAAGUAAAAUUCUAGUUCUUCAUCUGCCAGCCUUGAAACAGAAGCUUUUGUUUAUGCACUUUCAGGUUUGUGUUUUGCUAUUUAAGAUAUUUGCUGCAUUUCAAGAAGGGAAAGAGUAAAAAGUAAGAAAAUCUUGCUUUGUGAAGGUAUUUUACCUCAUCAGGAGCUCGGGGGUUCCAUUUUUGACCUUUAAACAGCCCAUUAUGACUUUCUUGCAAAUAAACCAGUGACUUAAUAUCAUUUCUAAGAGACAGCAUUGAUUUAAGUUAUCAAAUGCGACCAGUAUGCCUUUUCUCCUGUUGACAAACAAAUACGGAGACAUGAAACUUUACAGCUGUAAUAUUCUUUAAUGGUUUGUGAUUUGGGAUAAAAAUGUGUAAAAUGGAAAAUAUUUUUUUGAAUGUUGAAGACUGACAAAUGUUAUGCCUUUUAAUGUUUGAUUGUGUCUUCUAAUAUAUUGAUAUGUGUAGACUGAAAAUGUGUCUGCUGAUUCAGUUAUGUAAUUGAAUGAUAUUUAAUACUAACUUGUAUGCAUUGAUGUGAGCUAUUACAUCAAAUAUGCCUAUACACAGUAUGUAUUGCACUAUAAUUCUGACUUAUAUACUCACCAGGUGAACAUAUGUGGAUCAUCAUAUUUCAAUAUAUAUUGCUGUUUUAUUUGGUUCUUUGAGACGAGUAUGACAUACUUUUGAUCAGAAUGUUAAUUUGGUUCAUUCUCAAUUAAAUUGAAAAAAGUGAGUAACAAGUGGGCUUUUAAAUAAUCUAAGCACCAACUGUGAUGUAAGCACUGACACAACUCAAUGUCUGUACCCAUAUAAUCAAACCUUUAUCUUUCAUUUUGCAAUUAAAUAAUUUAUACUCUA